AACACGAACUGCCAAGCAUAGUAGCACCAUAUUAUACCGACGAUGCAAGUACAAUGGUUCACAUUAUUUACUCUGGUUGCGAGAUUAUUUGCUGCGAGAAACGAACUGGCGCGAGAUUAUUUUGGCUACAAGCAGGUGCCGAGUGUCGUUGCUUUCUUGUGUGGACAUCUGUCAAGUGAUUUGGAAUUUAACAAAGUGCUGAACAGUGAAGGAAUGACGGUGGUAAUUUUAUACCCUGGGUUCGAAUUUUCUUUGGAAAAAGUUAUGGCUGCAAGAUCUUCGCGGUUUGGAGUUUUUCUAGAUUUAAAUUGCGGAAAUGAAUACAGUGAGCUCAUUUUGACAGAGAGUUCGAAACUUCGAGCAUUCAACAACUCCUACAUCUGGCUAUUAUUUGGUGAAAACCUGAAUGACAGUGUAGACUUACUGCGCGAUGAAACGUUUAGUAUUGGCACUGAUUUAGUUAUUGCCACACCGUGGCUUUAUGAAUAUAACUUGUACGACGUUUACAACCCGGCCAAAGAACGAGGCGGGAAACUGAAUGUCACAAAACUUGCUUCCUGGUAUAAUGAGACAGGGUUGAACGUCACUUUGACUCAAGGGAGAUACCAGAGGAGAGCAAAUUUUCACGGAUUGCAGCUGAAAGUGAUUGCAGUUACACAAUACAGACCCGAUGAUGUGAGCAUUGAAGAAUACUUGCAAGACCAUCGGACAAAAGCAUUGGACAGUAUGACUAAGUUCGCGUUUGCUAUUCUAAUGCACUUAGGAGAACUUUUCAACUUCACAAUGGAGGUUGAGGAGACGAGCUUUUGGGAUCAAGUUACUGAAAACGGUACACAUCUUGGCAUGGUGGGAAUUCUACAACGUAGUGAAUCCGAUCUUGGGUCUACUCCAGCGCUUCUAAAUAAAGAACGUGCACUCCUGAUUAAAGCCAUUCAUCCUGUUUGGCCAUGGAGAACCUGCUUCAUGUUUCGAUCAAUGGCAUCGAGGGUAAGCGAUGAGUUUAUUCGACCAUUUUCGACGAAAUCUUGGAUCGUUACCGGGCUCGUAGUUACGAUUUUCAUAAUUAUCCUGGGUCUGACUUUGAAAGUUGAGCUUGUCAAGGACCGAUUCAACAACUGGUUUGAAAUAGGAUUGGUCGCAACGGGUAUCAUGUGUCAGCAAGGCUCACUGCUCAAUCCUACGUCCAUUUCCAGCCGACUAGUGGUUCUGAAUUUGCUAUACUUCAGCGUGUUGAUUUACAACUAUUAUUCGGCGAGCGUUGUAUCUGCUCAACUAAAUCAACCACUGGAGAAAAUGAAUGACUCAAUGCACCAGCUUGCACAGUCUAAUUUACAAAUUGCAGCUGAACCAAUAACGUACACCAACUACGGAUUGACGUCUCAGAACGAUUGGGAGGUCAAGGAGUUCUACGCAAAACGAUGGAAACCUUUGUCCGAUAGGACGCGAUACGUUCCUCUGGAAGAAGGAUUCGCAAGGGUGGCAAAGGGUGGCUUCGCUUAUCACACAGAUCCAAACACUGGGUAUCCUUAUAUAGAGCGAUUGUUCACCGACCAAAUGAUCUGUGAACUAACAGAAGUUCACCUAUUUCGACCUCAGAUGAUGUCACUGUCGGGUAGACACAACAGUCCAUUCACUGAAAUGGCAAAGAUUGGUUUACUGAAGCUAUCAAGCGCAGGAAUCCUGAAUCGGCAACAAAAACGCUGGCUGGCUCGAAAGCCAGUAUGCGUCCGUGAGUCUUUCAUAAUACAAAGUAUUUCUAUCUUAACAACGGCACCUGCAUUUAUCAUUUUGUUCGUUGGAAUUUUUUUGGCCUCAAUGAUUUGCGUUUGGGAAAAUCUCUUCUUCAAAUCACAAGAUUCUUCAAAAUAAGAUUCAGUUUUUUCAUUGAUU